UAUGUAAUAUAUCUAUGAACGGCGCCAAGCGCUUGGAUAUUUCGUUUUUCGUUUUGUCGUAUCGAUUAUCCUUCCUUACCGCAUAUGACCGAUCGUUUUCGUUUAAAAACAAGCGCACAAUAAGAGAAAAUAAGAUUGUAUGGAAAAAAUUUUGAUGACGCGCGUGAAAUGUGAAUGUGAUACUUGCCAAUAUUUUACGAUUCUUCGUUUCGUUUUCGGAAAUGAUAUUUCGGAGAUUUAGCAAAUUAUUUAAAAUUCUAAUCAAGUAACAAUUAACUGCCUUUAUGACUACGAUCGAUAAAUGAGUCAUUUAUAACGAGAGAGAAUUAUGAAAAUGCAUAUACGCAUACAUAUCUCAUAUUAGAGUUGAUACAUAUAUGUAUAUAGACAUACAACUAUGCAUAUAUGUAAUUCCAAUAUAUGGAGGAUUGUCCGUUUGUAAAAUUUCUUUAUUUUAUAUCAAAGAAUUGUCCAGUGACAAAGAAGUGAGACAAUAUGGACUCGGCUGCGACGGAGUUGGAACAUAUAGAGAAGCUGGCAAAGGAAGCUGAAUGCUUAAAGAUACGUUUGGAAGAUGAGCGACAGAAGUUGAAUGAUAUCACGCGUAAUUGUCGGAAAUGUUGCAGAGGUUUAGAUAAUAAAGUUACAGUAUAUACAUUAAGUCUGGAGGAUGAUGUUUCGGCUCACAAGAAAACUGUUGGCACACAUACAUCAUACAUGUCAUGCUGCGCGUUUCCCAACAGUGAUCAACAGAUUUUAACGGGUAGCGGGGACAGCACAUGUGGUUUGUGGGAUGUAGAGAGCGGACAACUAUUACAGAGCUUUCAAGGGCAUUCCAGCGAUGUCAUGUCCAUUGAUUUAGCCCCGAGUGAAACGGGGAACACAUUUGUGUCAGGUGGUUGCGACAAAUUGGUCUUAAUUUGGGAUAUGCGCAGUGGCCAAUGUGUGCAAAGUUUUGAAGGACAUCAAUCUGAUGUUAACUCAGUGAGAUUUCAUCCAGGCGGUGAUGCGGUAGCAACAGGUUCGGAUGAUGCUACUUGUCGCUUAUUUGAUCUGCGCGCUGAUAGAGAAGUCGCGGUAUAUGCAAAAGAGAGUAUAAUAUUUGGAGCGAAUGCGGUUGACCUGAGUGUAAGUGGCCGGUUGCUUUUUGCCGGAUACAAUGAUUAUACGGUGAACGUGUGGGAUACCUUAAAGUGCCAACGAGUGGCAUUAUUGUACGGACAUGAAAAUCGAGUUUCAUGUCUAAGGGUUUCCCCGGACGGUACUGCCCUAUCUACUGGAAGCUGGGACUCGACUUUAAGAGUUUGGGCUUAAGAUUAUUACUAUUAUCUUAAGAAUGUUGGGAUACUCUUGCUAUUCAGCAUAUAGAUAAUAUAUAUAUAUCCUGUUUUGUCCUAUUUAUUUAGAUUCUCGCCUUUUCAGCUACUUUUUAUGUUAUUCCAUGUUUUCAUAAAAUACCAUAUAUAU